AUGGCAACCGCACCGAAGCGAAAAGCCACUUUGCUUGAUUUUUUCGGUUCUCCUGCCCAUAAGAAAUCGAACAAAACUUCAGUUACCACGGAGAAAGAUAAAAACAAUAAUAAUAAAUCAAACGAAAGUGACACUUCAGCGAAAGAUACCGCUGAUCAGUCAACACUGACCUCAGAAUUAACGAAUGAUCCGACCCCCACCCAAUCUAGUAGUACUAGUAGUAAUUUGAGUAAAUCGACUUCUGAGCCCGAAAACAGCGGUGAAAAAUUAAAUAAAACGUCAGAAAAACGGAGCUUUCACAAAAACUGGUUGAUUGACUAUACAUGGCUCAGUUACAAUGAAAAUGAUAAUGCUAUGACAUGUACAUUGUGUGUAAAGCAUAAGAAAAGUAAUGCUCUCACCACAGGUAAAUGUAACAAUUUUAAAACUUCAACAUUGUCUAGGCAUGCAGAGAGUAGUGACCAUAAAGCAGCAGCCACUGCUAAAUCAAUGACUGGUACUCUAGAAAAAUCAGUUGAAAAGGUUUAUGAUGAGAAGGAAAAGGCUGUAGUGAAAGCAUUGAAAUCAAUCUCUUCAGCAAUCCGGAAGAGUGUAUUAGAAAGUAUCGAUAGAUCUCCAUUUGUAAGCAUCCUCUGUGAUGAAAGUACAGACAUUGGAGUGAAGAAAAAAUUAAGUGUAUAUGCUAGAGUUGUUAAUCCAGAAACAUUUCAGGCAGCUACACUCUACAUCUGUAACAAAGAGAUAGACAGUGGGACAGGUAAGGGUAUAUAUGAUGCCCUGAACAAUGCUGAGGAGGUAAAGGGUAUACCAAGAGAAAAGAUUAUGGGUCUUGGAUCAUAUGGGGCCAAGGUGAUGACAGGGAUGGGCCAGGGGCUUACAGGAUAUAUAACAAGGGACAAUCCCAUGAUGCUUAACUAUCACUGUAUAGCACAUCGUCUUGCAUUGGUAACAUCUCAGGCAGCUGAUGAAGUUCAGUUUUUAGUGGAUUAUCAGAGGAUUCUUACAGGAAUAUUUUACUUCUUUAAGUCUUCUGCCAAAAGAACACAUGAGUUAAAUGAAAUACAAAAUGUACUGAGUCAACCCAAUUUGAAAGUUAAAGAAGUACAUGAAGUGAGAUGGAUGUCUGUUUUUAUUGCAGUUGAAACAGUGUACAAGAUCCUUGACUCACUGAUAACAUUUUUUGCCCAGGACAAAGAUGCAAAAUCUAAAGGAUAUGCUAAGAAAAUGGUUCAGUAUGACUUCAUAGCAACAACAUAUAUGCUUAUGGAUGUGUUGCCUAUAGUUACAGAGCUGUGUCUUCUCUUUCAGAAAGCUGAUCUUGAUGUGAGUCUUGUGAAAGUUAGUGUAGACACAUGCAAGAAGGAACUUUCUCACAUUAAAAAUGGUACACAAGGUAAAUCCCCACACCUUCAGAAAUUAGUCAACGAGGAUUUGAAAACUGACAAGGGUAAAGUGGUUUUCAAAGCAAAUCACAUAGUUCAGGGCAAACAGAACAUUGAUUCAAUCAAAGUAAAGUUCAUUGACUCUAUUCUUAGCAAGUUAGAUCAGAGAUUUCCUGAGAAUGAUAGCAACAUCAUGUAUGCUUUUGCUGUGCUGUCCAUGAGACCAAUUAGCUUCUGUUCAAAGGAAGAUCUUGAAACAUGGGGAAAUGAAAAACUUGAGAUACUCAUCAAACAGUAUGGAGAGAAAAAGGAAUCAAAACCCACUGAGUACCAGCCCAUCGUUACAGUAGAGCCUAUUAUUAUACCAGAUGAAACCAGGAAAGAAUGGGACCAAUUAAAACCACUUGUACUGCAAGAGGGAUAUCCUAGAGAUAAAAUGUCCACUCUUUGGCGCUUGAUCCAACAGAACUAUAAAGACAGAUUUCCAAAUCUUAUCAAGUUAGCAGCCCUGGCCCUCACAGCUCCAAUCCAUACCUCUGAUUGUGAAAGAGGAUUUAGUUCACAGAAUCAGGUGAAGACAUCAUUGAGAAACAGAAUUGGUUCUGAAACAGUUGACAAUUUACUGAUGAUCAAAAUCCAAGGAGGAAAGUUAGAGGAGUUUGAUUUUAGUGUGCCACUGAAACUAUGGAGAGAGAAACAGAGGAAGCUGUUUAGUAGUUACAGAAAGGAAUAA